GGUAUAGGUCGGCGACGUGAUCGGGGGUCUUCGGCCCGCCAGUGGCUAUCCGGACGUUGGUCGUGUGUCGUCUUCACGAGUGUGAUCGCGCGUCCCGACCGUCAAGUAUCACGUGUCCCGUGAUAAAUUUACUUUAUUUGUUUGAAACAUUAUUAUUCGGCUUUAUUUUUUUAUACUGUAUUGUGCGUUUUUAACGAUUAGUUUUUAUUUUCAAUCGUUGUUUUGAACGACAUGGAAGAAUUGAUCGAUCGUAGUAUUCAACGAUCGAAAUUGCGCUUUUUCCGUUUCGUCAAAUGAUACAGAAACUGUCAACAGACAGCCAGAUUUACGGUGAAUGCACGUUGGUUCCAUCAGCUGCACGAAUGACUAUGGCUGAGGUUGAAAUGGAGCCGCCGACAGACAGGGCGAGCCGGUCGACGACUAUCAACUGUACCAUCACGCCGUCGUCCAUGUACAAGAUCAACAACAACCAUCCGUUGGCCACCAACAACAACAACCACACGCGUCCCGUGUACGUAAAACAUAAAAAACGCAAACGACUCAACCAAGUGUUGGAUAGGUUGACGGUGCAAGCGACAUCGCCAACAAACAACAAUAACAACAGCAUCAACAACAACAAGGAAGAUUCGAUAAAGAGAGAGUACGACAGCGAUGAGUCGUUGCGCCGGGCAAAAGACUACGAAGAACCGUUCAGUCCUGGCUCGUCAUCCAACCGAUCGCCUCAAAGCAUCAACACCGACUCGCCCUUCAGUCCAAAUAGAACGAAGGACUCCGACGAGCCGCAAAUGCCCGUUUUGCCCGUGCCGUUCUUGCCGCCGCCCCCGCUACACCACUAUCUCAAGUAUCCCAAAUGCAAUUGCGUGUACUGCAGUAAUCCUUCUCUAACCGAAGGCCAACACGUACCGCCCGUCACGCCCAUGUCGCCGGCUUCUUUGUUGGCCGGAUCGAUGUACACUUUCGAACAUUACCUGCAUACCAAAUACCUGCCCGAUAUUUUUCGGCGGCGGAGCCAUUCCGAUUCCGAUGUUCCUAUGUGGUUUGAGGCGACCAAAGCCGAGCAUUGCGCCACCGACCAAGAGACGACGUCGACUGUCAACACGUCCUCGCCCAGUACCCCGACAACGACCACGUGUGGCAAAUCGAGCGGCAAGCGGCCGUUCUCGGUGCCACAUCCGCUUGACAAUCCGCGGAAGAAAACGAGCAAGUCACCGCCCGCGCCACCUCCACAGGAUUCGCCGUUGGACUUGUCCAUGAAAAAUCUCAGUCCGCCGCCCACAAUUGUUCCUGAACCGGUCGUCUCCGUGGGUUACUACAGACCCGGCAGUACAGGCUACUCCGUGCCAGUGGUUAAGGGCGAUGUAGCAUCGUGUACCACUAAAGCGUCGGUGGCCGUGCGUUACAACCUGGAAGUGUCGCCGGUCGUCGAAGAGAUGCCGGUCGGCUCCGACGUUGCUUACGUGUGCCCCGUGUGCGGUCAGAUGUUCAGCUUGCACGACAGGCUGGCCAAGCACAUGGCGUCCAGACACAAGGACAAGAGCGCUGCGGCGACCGCGGAAAACGGCGGUGACGGUUCAGCAGGCGGCGGUACCGCCAAAGCGUAUCCCUGCGAAGUGUGCAACAGGUCGUUCGCGCGCAGUGACAUGCUCACCAGACACAUGAGGCUGCACACGGGCGUCAAACCUUACACGUGCAGAGUUUGCGGCCAAGUGUUCUCGCGGUCCGACCACCUGAGCACCCACCAGCGUACGCACACCGGAGAGAAACCGUACAAGUGUCCACAGUGUCCGUACGCCGCGUGCCGCCGGGACAUGAUCACCCGGCACAUGCGUACCCACUCCCGGUACGAAAUGGUUUCGUCGACGGACGCCGUUGGAGACUCGCCCGUCGCCUCGCCCUACUCGAACAAACCCCUUUCGCCCGCGGACAAGUAUUCGCCGCCACUGGAAGUACAGUGCAAGUCUGAACCUCAAUAACGGCCUCAGUGACCGUGCACAGUCUAGCAGCUUCUCGACCAAAGAUUGUAUAAUUUAUUUAUUAAUCAGUUAUUUUAAGUACCUAUACACAACGAUAUUUUCUAGUGAUAAUAUUACAUUAUUAUUAUUAUUAUUAUUACAUAAACAGUAUAAUUAUGUAAAAAAUAUAUAACAUUAUAUUACCGAAGGAUAGAAACGUGGAAUACUACCCCUCCGCCACACCGAUGACAAUCAACUCAACGGCGCACGUCUCUCUCACACUCUCUCUCUCUCUCUCUCUGUCGUAUACUUUUUUUGCUAAACAAAUAUUUAAAGGAAAAUGAUUUUAGGUCAAACAAAACAGGGUGUGUGAUAUCUAAUGUGCCAUCCCUACGUAUAAUAUAUAUUUUUUGCUUAUUUCAUAUAAUACGAAAAAGCGUUAGUUAUUUUUUUACAAAAAAAAUUUAUCUGCGUAAUAUUUGUUUCAAAUACAUAUGAUGUUUUAUUUGUAUAUUUUCUUAAAUACAUAUAUUUUGUGUUCGAACGUGUAUUUCCGGUAUACUUUGUUACUAUUUAAAUUUUAAAUUAGUACACAUUUUGCUCAAAUAGACUUAAUAUUUAUACAUCCACAUCCGUUUUGUAGAGACCAUUUCGACAUCGGUCUCGUCACUGUACAAAAUACAUUUUCACAAUAACGUAUUGUUUCACUGUAUUCUCUCUAGUUUUUGUACUUUGUUAAUUGCUCACUGCAUGAAGUCUUUUUUUUUUUUUUAUUGCUCGUAUCAUUAUUAUUAUUAUUGUUGUUAUUGUGACGAAAACAAAUGCAAUUCAUGUAAAAUUACAUUGAUGAUCG